AUGACGUCAUUCAUAUUAUUGAAGACAAAUUCUUUUUUGUUGAGGAUGAAUAGAGAAGAUAACGUGAACUGGUUUCAUGGGAAAAUAUCACGAGAAUCUGCUGAGAAACUAUUAAAAGAAGAGGGAGAAGAUGGUGUUUUCUUAGUACGUGAAAGUAAUACUUCGCCUGGAGACUACGUGCUAUCUGUCUUACAUCAAGGAGAAGUAGUACAUUAUCAAAUAAGGAGGCAUGGAGAAGACGCUUUUUUCUCCAUUGAAGAACAUACAACUGUUCAUGGACUGGACACCUUAAUUCAACAUUAUCGUGGAGAUUCCAAUGGCCUUGUUACACGCUUGUCAGUUGUCUGCAAAGGUCAGCCUCCUCCACAUGAAUCUCGAACACAAGGAACAACAAAUUUAUUGCAUCGGGCAACAGAGGCAGGCGAAUUCAACAUCGUGUCACAACUACUGGCGUGCGGUUAUCGCAGCCGCGACGCCAAGAACCAGGAUGGACAAACUGCUGUCCAUAUAGCGGCCAGAGCCGGCCGCGACAACAUUCUCGCCAAGCUGAUCGAAAGCGGCGCCACCGUUAACGUGCGCGACUCUUUCGGAUACACGCCACUACAUUACACGUGUCAAAACAACUUGCCGAGCACGACGGAGUUGCUGAUCACAAAAGGCAAUGCAAACUAUCAAAUGAGACAUGCGCCGACCGGGAAGGUGCCUUUACACGAUGCCGCACAAAGAGGACACAUUGAAUGUAUCAAGGUACUCUUAAAGCUCAAUGCACCAUCACAUCCGAGAACACUAGCACAAGACACACCUGCGGACUUGGCGAAGCAUUACGGACACACAGAAUGUUAUCAGUUGCUAAAAAACCACACACCGGAUCCGCCAAAAACUAACAAAAACCAGUGGUAUCAUGGAACAUUGAACCGUGAAGAGGCUGUGAAGACGCUAGAGGAAUAUUGCAAAUGCCACAGUUUGCAGGACAAAGCAUCAGACGGCGUGUUUCUGGUGCGCUAUAGCGAACGGCACACCAAUGCUUAUGUCCUCACCAUGCUCAGUGAGAACACACCAUACAAUUUUAUUAUUAGAAAAGAGAGUCAGUGGCUGUUUAUUGAUGACGGGCCAUAUUUAGAAUCCCUGGAAAGGCUCGUGGAGCACUACAGCAGUGUGCCAGACGGUUUGCCCAUGCGGCUUACUAUCCCAGUACCACCCAAACCUAAACCACCACUACCGGAGUUCUCCACAAUGCCACGCACCAAGAAAACUAGUCCUAGUCGAGCUGUGAUGAACCAGACUCUGUCUUUAGUGAAAUGUGAUAUUCUUGGAGACAACAAAACCUCAUCCCCAAUUCCUCCCGCUGCGGUUAACAACAACGCUUUUGAACUUCUCACGAGGAAUCUAUCCUUCUGCUCCGAUUUUAGCAGUGAUUGUAUCAAUAAUAAUGAAGACACACAAACAGACAAUGAAACAUAUAAAGUGCCAGUGAAUAAUAGUGCAGUGGUGACAUUAGCUGAGAAUUACAACGAGAUAUCCAUCAAUUCAGACGGGCAACUAUCAACACUUCAAGAAUUCAUUCCAAUGAGCGAUCUGACCCUGGGCGCGACGCUCGGUGAGGGCGAGUUCGGGUCGGUGCUGCGCGCGACGUACAACGCGGCAGGGCAGCCGCCGCAGGCCGUGGCUGUCAAGACGCUGCAUGCGCUGCACGCGGACAACAACCGCAGGGAGUUCCUCGCAGAAGCUCGCCUCAUGAUGUCGCUGCGCCACCCCUGCAUAGUGCGGCUCAUCGGCGUCUCACUCGGCCCGCCGCUGGCGAUGGUGCAGGAGCUGGUGGCGCUGGGCUCGCUGCUGCAGUUCCUGCUGCGCGCGCCCGAGCAGGCGGCGCCGGGGCGCGAGCUGCGGCUGUGGGCGGCGCAGGUGGCGGCCGGCAUGCGCUACCUGGAGCGACGCCGCUUCGUGCACCGCGAUCUGGCCGCCCGCAACAUCCUGCUCGCCACCAGAUACCAAGCUAAAAUCAGUGACUUUGGUCUAUCCCGAGCACUGUCGGCUGACAGUUCGUACUACAAGGCGAGCCAAGGUGGCAAGUGGCCCAUCAAAUGGUACGCGCCGGAGUCAUACAACUACGGCACCUUCAGCCACGCCAGCGACGUGUGGAGCUACGGAGUUACUCUGUGGGAGAUGUUCUCGUACGGCAAGCAGCCAUACGGAGAUAUGAGGGGGACAGAGGCCAUACAAGUAGUAGAAAGUGGUCAGCGUCUAGAGAAGCCAGAAAACUGCCCCGACGAGAUUUACCAAGUGAUGCUUGACUGCUGGGCUUACAGCCCAGACCUUCGACCAACCUUCAGCAAACUCGUCGACGUGUUCUCACAACACCCGGACUACGUGAACAUUAGCCAACUGGCACUUGACAAUGAAGACAUUACUGUGUGA